AGUCGUGUGGAGUUGACGUUUUGCGACUAGCGGUAGAUUUGUAAAUGGAGAGCAACGCGUUCACAUGCACUUGAGUCCAGCCACAUGAGGUACAGACCGCGUCUGCACGAAACGUUACGGUAAUCAAGCUAACUAGCCGCACACACGUGCUGUACUGUUUCUGCUCCUUACCAAACACAAAACUGCAGCCUUGCCAAAGGAACGGCAGAGCAGUGUUGAAUCCUCCAAGGCCACACUCUUCGUUGAAGCUGAACCCCGCUGUACCUCAUGAGUUUUGUGGAAUACUCCGAGAUCAUCCAAGAAGGGGAUGUCGUCAUUAUCUUCCAGGGCCAUGAGUCCAUGAUGCCUAUUAAGGUUCAGUCAGGAGCUCAGACGCAGACCCGCUAUGGGGCCAUCCGGCACUCCAGCGACCUGAUUGGACAGCGGUUUGGUUCCAAAGUGACCUGCAGUAAGGGUGGUUGGGUUUACGUGCUGCACCCCACACCAGAGCUGUGGACCGUCAACCUUCCCCACCGAACACAGAUCCUCUACACCACAGACAUUGCCAACAUCACACUGAUGCUGGAGCUCAAACCGGGCUCUGUCGUCUGCGAGUCAGGUACAGGCAGCGGCUCUCUGUCUCACUCUAUUCUGCGGACCAUUGCUCCCACCGGCCACCUACACACAGUGGAGUUCCACGCUCAGCGAGCCGAGAAGGCCAUGCAGGAGUUCAAGGAGCACAAGGUGUCUCACCUGGUUACUGUUAGAAACCAGGAUGUGUGCAAGGAUGGCUUUGGCAUCACAGGAAUAGCCGAUGCUGUGUUUUUAGACAUCCCCUCUCCGUGGGAGGCAAUCACACAUGCCAAGAGCGCCAUUAAACGCAAAGGAGGUCGUGUCUGUUCCUUCUCACCAUGUAUAGAGCAGGUCCAGAGGACUUGUGAGGCAUUAUUGGACCAUGGCUUUGAGGAGAUCUGCACAUUGGAGGUCCUGCUCCGGGUGCAUGACGUUCGUACUGUCACUCUGCCCUUACCAGACUUCGGACCGGAGGAGGACUCCACCGACAGCUGCCAGCUGGCUUCAGAUCUUAGUCAAGAUGAAGUCCCAAACACUGGGAACACCUCUGUGAUCUGCAGGACUGCCACACCUCCCAGAGAAAUGGCGGGACACACAGGAUACCUCACCUUUGCUACCAAACCACGUGACUAGAAGCAUAACUGAAGCUGAUGGAGACUGUUGUAGUGUUGGAGUAUAAAUGCAGACUCUCUAAAUAUCUCUAAUGAAAGGAUGUCACCUGCACACACCCUUGUAUGGUCUUUUCUUUUAGCUUUUAGAUAUAAAAAGAAUGGUUAACAGCUAGAUGGGCUUUUACAUUAAUGUAACAGUUCAUGUUAUUUAAAAACUCAGUACAUGUUGAUGCUCUUUGUUAUUUGUUUGCUUUUUUUAUUAUUAUUUUUUUUAGUAGAUUGUUUUACUACAAUAAAUUAUAUUGGAAUGGAAAAAAAACAUCUUCAUAGUUUCUUUCUCUUGUGCUGUUUACAUGGCAGCUUUGUAUGACUGUCAGCUGCUGAAUGCAACUAGUACACACUGCACCUCUCAGAGAACACAAGAUAGUGACUUGGAAAUGUAUGCUCCCCAUGACGUGUUUUAUUUUAGAGCAGAAUGUCAGACAGCAUCAUGAAAGCUUUGAUUGUGGGGUUUCCAUUUGUGUUCAUUUAUGUAGUGAUAGCAGUGUCUUUCCACUGCUGCUCUCAAUUCAAGGCUGUUACGGCCUGUUCUGUAUCUGUUGUGUAUGGUACUUUCUUGCAUGUGGAAUGUAAGAUACUGAAGAACAGCGUGCCAACAUCUGGUACAUGUUAUAUCUGAAAUGAUCUGCUGAGAGCUCUUCUAUUUAUGUGUCCAUAAAAGGCUUUCCUUCUGCAAUCUGAUACCUUCUCAGAUGCUGUAUAGAGGUGGAUU